GGAAGCAGUUCCUGCUCUGGCUCCGAGGGAGCGCACGUAGCAGCAGCACCGCCGCUGCAGCAGCAGCAGCAGCCGCAGGCACCCCAGCUCCGCUCGCCCAGCAGCAUCCAGCGUGGGGAUCAGCGCUCUGCCGGACACGGGAUGGACGUUCCUGAGCGCUGAGCUCAGCCGCUGUAAAAAGCAAGUAGGAACAUAUACAUCUGGAUAAAAUUGAUUUGAUUCUUGAGAAAGGAAACGCAAAAGAGAGAGAAAGAGGAAAGCAAAAGUUUAUUAACUUGGAGAACAUGAUCAGAAGAUAGCACCAUACAUCAUGAUCAUGGCCCCCCGGAAGAGGAAUCGUCAUGCGUUGGGGUUUCUUUGUUGUUUUGGAGGUAGUGACCUCCCUGAAAUCAACCUCAAGGACAAUAAUCCCCUCCAGUUCCUUGAGUUUUCUGUCCCAAUCCCACCAGCAGAAGAGCUCAAUGCCAGAUUCGCUGAACUUGUGGAUGAAUUGGAUCUCACAGACAAGAACAGAGAGGCUAUGUUUGCACUCCCUCCAGAGAAGAAAUGGCAGAUUUACUGCAGCAAAAAGAAGGAACAAGAAGAUCCUAAUAAGCUCGCUACCAGCUGGCCAGACUACUACAUUGAUCGCAUCAAUUCCAUGGCAGCAAUGCAGACUCUGUAUGCUUUCGAUGAAGAAGAAACAGAAAUGAAAAAUAAAAUAGUUGAAGACUUGAAGACAGCUCUGCGGACUCAGCCCAUGAGGUUUGUGACCAGGUUUAUUGAGCUGGAUGGCCUGAGCUGUUUGCUGAACUUCCUGAAGAGCAUGGACUACGAGACCUCGGAGAGCCGCAUCCACACAUCCGUUAUAGGGUGUAUCAAGGCACUGAUGAACAACUCCCAGGGACGGGCUCACGUCCUGGCCCAUCCAGAAAGUAUCAACAUCAUAUCCCAGAGCUUACGGACUGAGAACAUUAAGACCAAGAUUGCUGUGCUGGAGAUCCUAGGAGCUGUCUGCUUGGUACCAGACGGUCACAAAAAGGUCUUGCAAGCCAUGCUUCACUACCAAGUCUAUGCUGCAGAAAGGACAAGGUUCCAGUCAUUGCUAAACGAGCUAGACCGAAGCAUGGGGCGAUACCGAGAUGAAGUAAACCUCAAAACAGCCAUCAUGUCCUUUAUCAAUGCUGUUCUGAAUGCAGGUGCUGGUGAGGACAAUUUGGAGUUCCGAUUGCAUCUCCGAUAUGAGUUUCUAAUGCUGGGAAUUCAACCCGUCAUUGACAAGCUCAGAGGACAUGAGAAUGCCACACUGGACAGACAUUUAGAUUUCUUUGAGAUGGUCAGAAAUGAAGAUGAUCUGGAGCUUGCCAAGAGGUUUGACCUGAUCCACAUUGAUACCAAAAGUGCCUCUCAGAUGUUUGAGUUGAUCAAGAAGAGAUUGAAGCAUACAGAUGCCUAUCCAUAUUUGCUAUCCAUCCUCCAGCACUGCUUGCAGAUGCCAUAUAAGAGGAAUGGAGGAAACUUCCAGCAGUGGCAGCUGUUGGAUAGAAUACUCCAACAAAUUGUUCUUCAGGAUGAACGAGGAGAUGAUCCAGAUAUAGCUCCAUUGGAAAACUUCAAUGUCAAAAAUAUCAUUAAAAUGCUGGUGAAUGAAAAUGAGGUCAAGCAGUGGAGGGAUCAGGCAGAGAAGUUUCGGAAAGACCAUGCUGAGCUGAUGAGCAGGCUAGAGAAGAAGGAGAGGGAAUGUGAAACAAAGACCCAGGAGAAGGAUGAAAUGAUGAAGACACUGAACAAAAUGAAGGACAAGCUGCAGAAGGAAUCCUUGGAGCUGCGCCAGACCCGAGACCAGAUGAAUGAUCUGGUGGCUCAACUUAAUGAGUUCUCGCAAGGGGGCAGCAUUUCCUUCCCACCCCCACCACCCCCUCCUCCAGGUGGCCCAUUAGCUUUGUCCUCUUCUCACAUGUCUGAGAAUUUGCCACCUCUGCCACCUCCUCUGCCUUUCUCCAGCUGUCCCCCUCCUCCAGCUCCACCACCUCCACCAGGAGGACCUCCUCCUCCACCAGGAGCACCACCUUUCUUCAGCAUGGGGGUGCCACCCCCUUCAACAACCACCUUCAGCACCGGUGGCCCCAGUCUGAAGAAGAAGUCUAUCCCUCAGCCCUCACAUCCACUGAAAUCCUUCAACUGGGCUAAGCUGAGUGAGGAGAGGAUCCAUGGCACAAUCUGGAAUGAGAUUGAUGAUUUAAAGGCAUUCAAGGUGCUGGAUCUAGAAGAUUUUGAAAAGAUGUUUUCUGCGUAUCAGAGGCACCAGGACCUGCUAACUAACCCCUCCUCCUGUAAGCAGAAAGAGAUGGGCUCAACAGAAGACCUUUACCUCUCCACACGAAAGGUGAAAGAGCUCUCUGUGAUUGAUGGCCGGAGGGCCCAGAAUUGUGUCAUUCUCCUUUCCAAGUUGAAGCUGUCUAAUGAGGAAAUCAGACAAGCAAUCUUGAAGAUGGAUGAACAAGAAGACCUAGCGAAGGAUAUGCUUGAGCAGCUACUGAAGUUUGUUCCUGAAAAGAGCGAUACUGACCUGUUGGAGGAGCACAAACACGAAAUUGAGCGGAUGGCCCGGGCAGAUCGUUUCCUCUUUGAAAUGAGCAGGAUUGACCACUAUCAGCAGCGGCUUCAAGCAUUAUUCUUUAAGAAGAAGUUUCCAGAGAGGCUGGCAGAAGCAAAACCAAAAGUGGAAGCCAUUCUUCUGGCAUCCAAAGAACUCAUCCGAAGCAAGCGUUUGAGGCAACUCUUGGAGGUAGUUCUUGCCUUUGGGAAUUACAUGAACAAGGGACAGAGGGGAAGUGCAUAUGGCUUCAAAGUCUCCAGCCUGAACAAAAUUGCAGACACCAAAUCCAGCAUAGACAGGAACAUUACACUCUUGCACUACUUAAUUAUGAUCUUUGAAAAGAAUUACCCAGAUAUCCUAGAUAUCCAAUCUGAGUUGCAGCAUCUUCCAGAAGCAGCAAAAGUCAACCUGGUAGAGCUGGAGAAGGAAGUCAACAACAUAAAGACUGGAUUGAAAGCUGUUGAAACUGAGCUGGAUUACCAGAAGAGACGCAUGCGAGAAUCAGGGGACAGGUUUGUUCCCGUGAUGAGCGAUUUCAUCACUGUGGCCAGUUUCAGCUUCUCAGAGUUAGAAGACCUUCUCAACGAGGCUAGAGACAAGUAUGCCAAGGCACUGAAGCAUUUUGGAGAGACCGAGGGCAAGAUGCAGCCAGAUGAAUUUUUUGGCAUCUUUGACACUUUCUUACAGUCAUUUGCAGAGGCCAAGCAAGAUCUGGAGAAUAUGAGGAAGAAAAAGGAAGAGGAGGAGCGCAGGGCACGCAUGGAGGCCAUGCUAAAAGAGCAGAGGGAAAAAGAGAGGCGACAAAAGAAAGCAAAAGCUGGAAGCAUCUCUGAAGAGAGCGGGGAGUUUGAUGACCUGGUGUCGGCACUACGGUCGGGUGAAGUCUUUGACAAAGACUUAUCCAAGCUCAAGCGGAACCGCAAGCGUUCGGGGAACCAAGGCCUAGAGACAAGCCGUGAGCGGGUGGUGACAAAGCUAAAUUAUUAAUUACAAGAGGAAGAGAAAUAAUCAACCAAAAGAAGGUGAUGAAAAAGUGCAAAAGAAGGAGGAUGAAUGUGUGCGAUGGCGCCUGGCUGACAGCUGCCACAAAGGCUUUCUUUGGUCUGUAGCUAGAGACGUUACCUUUCCAUGGUCAGCUUUCCUCUCAUCCCUCUUCUGUGCUCCUGAUUUGAACCAUUAUAAAAGUGCCUCUGUGGAUCCAGCAGGGCCUGUGACUGGGCCAUGCAAGCUGACAGGUUUGCUUCUGGGAGUUUGUUGUGUCAUCAAAGGCCUCCUGGUGAUGACAGAAAGCACUUGGGCCUUGCAGACAGCCUCACAGCUGGAACAAGAUAAUUUUCUGUGUGCCAAAAUAAAAACUAGUCAUGAUCUCCAUCUUGCUGAUAACAAGGAAGACUAAUUUCAGACCAACUCUGUAAGCAAUUAUCACUUCUUCAGGAUCUAGACUGGCCUUCAGGGGUUUAUUGGGAUGUGGUUCUCAAGUUUCCAAUUCCCUUCUAGAAUUGGAUUUUAUAAGCCAUUGAUUAGCACCUGAAAAAUGCAUUUAAGCACAUGUCCUGUAUAGUAUUUUUGUGUGGCCUAUGCUGUCCAAAGCAAGUGAAGCUUAGAAAGAAGUCUUCAGUUUCUGUAACAAAAUGAAAUUCAAGAUCAACAUACAAUAAUUUGCAAAAGUCUUUUGGAUUCUGCUUUGCUAGAAGGAAUUUUCUGAAAUUUCUUGGUGGUUGAGUCUCAAAGCUAUGAAAUGCAUCUUCUUAGAAAGAAACUCUGGCUUUCCUUUAGAAAACUAAGCUACUGCCAGGUUGGGAUUACAAGUAGAUGACUGUAGAGCCUUGUCAUUGCUAGAGGCUGGCAGAGAAUCAGUGGAAAAUUUCUUAUCUGUUUGUGCAAGAUUGGAAAUUGGGAGCUCCCUGGUAUCAUCCGCAGGUCUCCAGUAGCAAACAGCGAACAGGCUCACUGCCUGCCAGAAGUGAGAUCUCUUUGCCUCUUGAUGCUAGCUGUGAUUGCUGUUGGCAUGAACUGGUCUUUCUGUCUAACAGCCUGACCUCCACUGCACACACCUCACUCCUGCCAAGGGGAACCACAUCACUCAGUAAGAUAUGGAUGGUGUCAAAGAAGAGCCUUGGAGCCACGCUGACUCUUUUGAAGAAAUCACUCGGGACGAACCAAGGGAGAGCCCCAUUAUUAAAACUGAGAGUUUUUCGAGGAGGACACAGAAUUGUGCAAGCCAAGCAGGCUUAGGAGUUGGGCUUAUUCAGAAGAAACAAAUAAAUUUGUAGUUCAGUUACAUUAAUUAAAUAUAAGCAGAAAAGCAAAGAACACAAGAAGAGGCUUGAAUUCUACGUCUUCAUGGUUCUAGGAAAGGGACUGGAUUGUGGGCUAUCAUGGCCUUUUUUUUUACCUUUUUUUCAAACUUGUCUUCUUUUUUUAUUAUCUUCCCUGGAGAAGGAAAAGAGGAGAAGAAAGAAUGGUGAUAGAUUCGUCCUUCUAGACAGGAAGAAAAGGGAUAACAUUUGAGGAAAGGGACUCGCCAUCUAUAAAUUGAUGCAUUAGUCAACAGCACAAAAUGUCAAGGAAUCCCAGGGAAGUUUAAUCAUUUGGUUUGAUUUUUCUCUGAAUGUCACUUAACCUCAGGCUCUGCACUGAGUCUGCAGAACAGAACUUCCUCUGCAAUGCACGCUGCCUGAUCAGUAUUACACACUAUGAUAUUGAAGAAGCAAACUGUGGUGGUUUUCUGAACAUUCUGAGAGUUAAAUAAUUAUGUAAACUAUUAAAAGUUAAAAAAAAGAGAGAAUUGAGAGAAGAGAAGCAAAAAAGUCAGAAUUGUUAAACUCUGAUGUUUCAUUGUUUACUGAAUUUUGAGUCUCCCACCCCAGGAUUUCCCUAUUUAGGACAUUCCAGACUGCCGCGCCUCUGUAUAAUACUCACCGUAAAGAGCUGGUAUCUUACAAGAGCUGGGUGCAUUCUCCUCCCUUACUAUCCCACUCCCUUUCUGGGAUUAGCUAUUAACAGCAAUGCCUAUUGCAGUGGACACAAGCACCUUGUAGAAGAAAGACUAUUUCAUAAAGGUUUUUGAAAGUUUAAGAAAGAAAUCUCACUUUUUAAAGCAUUUUUAUUUUAAAUUACAAAUGGAUUUUUAGAAAUGUCUCUUGUAAAUUAUAUUAACAAGCUCCUUGCUGCUCCCUGAAUUAGACUUGCUAUAUAUCCCAGCCCUUUUGUUUGUCUUGUUUUAAAGCAUGCCAUGUAACCUAUGCCAUGUAAGCCAUAUGAGAGGUGGUAAUAUGUGCCAAAUUGGUAUACAAUUGAGUUUAGAUUUGAAUAAUCCCUGAAUUCCAAAGAUUAUGCUUUUAGGGAUUAGAACAUUGUAGGGCUUUUUCCCUCCCUCUUUGUUCUCUCUGGGUUUAGAACUCACCCAGAACUUCUUAUGUAGUGCCAAGGUCAGUCCUGGUGCAGGAUGAUGUGCAAGUACAGCUGCUUGCUUGCUCCCCAGGUACUUGUUUGAUAAGGCAGCCUGUCAGCAUGGCAGCUGCCAGAGAAGAAACACCUCAGGGCAAACCCUUUGAAUAUAAAUACAGCAUUUCCCCUGCUCUGGUAUUUGUCAAACCAGGUUUGUGCUGUGCUUUCUGAAACUGAAGUCACUUUGCCAGGCCACAAAUGUAGCAAAAGCAGAGAGUGAUAAAUCCUCUGUCCCUUUGUGUACACAGUUCAGCCCUGAUUUAAAGAGGUUCUGUAUGAUGGUACGCGACAACAUUCCAGCCACUGGGAGUCAAAGAAAGCUGCUGUCAUUUUGCCACUUCUUUGAUUCAUACAUUAAUAAUGAGAGAUUGUGCAACUCCUCUAAAUCAUCUGUGGGAUCCUUUAGGGGAUGGACAGAAAGCUCAGAGUCAUGCCCUGAUUCAAUACAGCUUGACUUUCUCAGCAUUCCAGCACCCCAAGCUCUCCCUGUUUUGCAUCAGCGAUGGUGGCCAAAAGCUUCGUUCAGUGGGCUGGACAGUCCUCCAGGCUAGACUUUAUGGUGAAAGUUCAUAAAGAAGGUUUUGGAAAAGCUCAGUUUCACACUGAGGCAAGCAGUGUUUUCAUACAAGUGGUGACAAGUAGAGAGACCCAUUAAAUUAUCUACUGUAUGAGAUUAGAUUACCCACACAGAAGAUAAGGAAAAAAUUGGCUCUGCUGUAGGGCCUGGCAUCAGAUUCUUGUUGAGACCAAGUUUGUCCAUGUUUCUCAUCUCUUGGGUACUGUGAGUGCAUAUAAUACUCUCUUCUCCAGCAGCUGUGGUUGAGUUGCCAGCUGCUGAAGGAUAAUGGAAAAUAUUAUUCCUGAGUAGGUUUAGGAAGCAGUCUGAGGUCUAACAUCUGGAGAAGCUGGAGAAGAGCUAGGGUCUGCUGUUGUCCUUGCACCUGUGCCUAGAAACAGCAUUUUAAGAGAAGACACUGUCAUUGGAAAUAAGUGGAGAAGAAGAGAUGUGAGAAAGAAAGGCAUAAUUGAGGGCUUGUUCUGCAUCCUGCAGAAAUACAGUAAUUGCUGACUUUAAGAUGAAGUUCCUCACACCCAGCAGAGGUACUUUCAAACUCCCCAGAAUCUGUCCCUAAAGGUCUAGUGCUCACUCACCUCUGUGUCUCUGCACUAUUGCUGCAUAGGUUGCAUUAGGUUGAUCCCAGAAAAGACUGAAGAAGACUCCCUCUCCCUUCCACUUGCUUUGAACUGAGUCACUCUUCUCAGUCUAUCAGUCUUUAGAAAUGCUACAAGGUAAAGUGACUUCAAGGAGCAAGACCUUUCCAUGGUCUGUAGCACAGCCAUUGUCCAGGCACCAGUUCCCUACAAGAGCAGAAGUAGGACUAGUGUUCAGGGCUGAGAGACUUCCUCACUGGGGAAACAACCUGGAUGUCUUUCAGAAGCAUAUCUGUAAUGUGUUCACAAUGUCUGAGGAAGGGAAAGGAAUUGCAAAGGAUCCUGGUGGGAGGCUGUGGGGCAGGUGUUUCCAUAAUGAUCAGCCCCACUGGCUAAAUCUUUCCUUUUCUUUAGGAAAGAUCACACUUUGAGCUGGGUUGCACGGGAGAAGCUUGUGUCAGAAGUUUCCAUGAGGGGAAAGGAGAUCUGUUGUACAGUAGAUGAUGUACAUGAUAUAUGCAGUUUUGUUUCUAGGUUGGUUGUUUUGGGUUUUGUUUGUCUGUUUGUUUGGGGGUAAAAUGAUUUAAAAAAAAAAAAAACGGUUUUAGGAAUCACUAAGGGGAACCUGUAAAUCUGACACCUCUAUUUAUUUUGCCUUAUUUUAGUUUGCUAUGUUUGUAUGUAUACACUGCAUUACAGCAAAGACUAUUGAGACUGUGCCAGGGCAUUACACCAGCUGGAGAGCUGGCUUGGCCCCUGUGCCAGCUGAGCCAGGCCAGGGGAUGCAGGUGAGCAGUGAGAUGAGAUCUGGGAAGGGAGGUAAGAAAAAAACCUUUUGGCUUUUGUCAUAAUUACUCUGCCCCUGGUGAUCCUGGUUCUGGGAAAGCACUUAUUUUAAAGCUUGUGGUGAACUGAUGGAGGCUGGUUAUUUUAGAACACUUUCUACAAAAUAUGUUUUUUUUAAUCAUGCAUCAUGGUGAGAAGAUUGAGAAGAGUUAAGGUGCACUGUUGCUCACUCAAACUUCACCUUUCCACACAAAUUCGGUCCAUAAUUGCAGAGAAGCUUGGCUAGGUGGCCAAAAGUGGUUCAUGCUCUGUAACUUCUCACCAGAUUUAACACACUAGUGAGACAAACUGGGACAGUUCUCCUUCCUCAGAGCUAAUAUUCCUGCCUAUCUUCAUGGCCAAAGAAAGAUUUCAUCUGCUUUACCUCUUUUCUCCUCCAGCCCACCUCCUCAGGUUACCCCAGGUCAGCAAAAUCUUCCUACAGGUUUGUUACCCAUGGAGUCUCUGGCCAUCACAUGGCCAUGGCUCCUUGGCCUCUUUACUUGACACAGGAGGUUUCUGAUUGCCUGCCAUCCAAAGAAGUAGUCUCCAUUGGCCACCUAAUUUCUGCCAUAGCUCAUGUAGGGCUUGGUCCUUUCAGCCUCCCUCACUAGGAGCUCUGAGCCAAGUGAUCUAGAAAAGCCUCUCUGCCAAGCCAUUUGCCCCUUCCUGCUCACCUUCAAAGAGGAUCUUUAAAGCUCUUUGCAGUUUUUGGAAUUGUGAGGGAAUGUUUGGUACCUGAGCCGCUCUGUACUCAAUGCCUCCCUUCCAAAUCAUCCCCACCUGCAGCUGUUCUGCUCCCCUGCAAGCCUGCUCAGCUUGAAACUUGCAGGUCACCUUGGGAGGUGGCCCUGCCUGCCAAGCUAGAAAGUACAGUGCUGCUUACUGAAGUGGGAGGUUGUAUGCUGCUGUAAUGCCUUGGCCUAUCCUCAUUUCUUAGUCAGUUUAAGACUAUAAGUGAAUUAAAUGUACAAAUCCUGUAGUGUCCUUUUUAUCUGUAUCUUUUUAUAAGAAUAUACUGUAAUACUAAAAAACAAAAGCAAAAAAAAUUAAAGAUAUAUUGCCCCCGCUGCGUCUCUGUA